UAAGCAGCUAUUCCCAUCACCACACUGUUCCGUUACACUCACCCUCUCCACUGAAAGUCAAUUCCACUCACAAUCACAAAAAUCCAUAUACACAAUGUGCAACGAACCAAGUACAAACGGCCAGAAUGGCGUCGCCAACGGCGUCUCCAACGGUAACGGCGCCGAUAAGAAGCCUAGAUCCGUCCCAUACAAGGCCAUUGGCGACUACCUAUCAAAUACUGGCCGCUUCAAGAUUAUCGAGAGCACGCUUCGUGAGGGUGAACAAUUUGCCUCGGCGUUUUUCGACACUGCAACCAAGGUCAAGAUCGCAACGGCUCUCUCAGACUUCGGCGUGGAUUACAUUGAGUUGACUUCGCCGGCGGCGUCUCCUCAAUCCAAGGCUGAUUGUGAGACAAUCUGCAAGCUUGGUCUCAAGGCCAAAAUUCUCACUCACGUGAGAUGCACAAUGGAGGAUGCUAGGUUGGCGGUGGAGACCGGUGUGGAUGGUGUCGACGUUGUUAUCGGAACCUCUUCCUUCCUCCGCGAGUUCUCCCACGGCAAGGACAUGGCAUACAUCACCAAGUCCGCCAUCGAGGUCAUCGAGUUCGUCAAGAGCAAGGGCCUCGAGAUCCGCUUCUCCUCCGAGGACUCCUUCCGCUCCGACUUUGUCGACCUUCUCGCCCUUUACAAGGCCGUCGACGAGGCUGGUGUCGACCGUGUUGGUAUCGCCGACACCGUCGGCUGCGCUUCCCCACGUACCGUCUACGAGCUGAUCCGCACCCUGCGUGGAGUCAUCAGCCAGAAGACCGAUAUCGAGACACAUUUCCACAACGACACCGGCUGCGCUAUUGCCAACGCCUUUGUCGCCUUAGAAGCCGGAGCAACACACGUCGACACAUCCGUACUGGGUAUCGGUGAGCGCAACGGUAUCACCCCGCUCGGUGGUUUCCUCGCCCGCAUGAUCGUCGAGGACCGCGACUACGUGCUGUCCAAGUACAAGCUGCAGAAGCUCAAGGAGAUCGAGGACAUGGUUGCCGAGGCAGUCGAGGUCAACGUCCCCUUCAACAACUACGUGACUGGCUUCUGUUCAUUUACGCACAAGGCCGGCAUCCACGCCAAGGCUAUCCUCAACAACCCCUCCACAUACGAGAUCCUCAACCCGGCGGAUUUCGGAAUGACCCGCUAUGUCCACUUCGCGUCGAGAAUCACGGGAUGGAACGCCAUCAAGAGCCGUGUCGAGCAAUUGGGCUUGAAGAUGACUGAUGAGCAAGUUAAGGCUCUUACGGCCAAGAUCAAGGAGCUGGCGGAUAUCCGUCCUCUCGCGAUUGACGAUACCGACGCGAUAAUUAGGUCGUUCCACCUGGACCUGGCCGAUAAAUAGAGGGUGUGAUGUGAUAUUGUUGCGAUUUACCAUUAGCAUUGGGUACGGCAUCAAAAAAAUCAAAAGAGGCAGGGCUGAACACCCUUCGGAUCAAAACAAAGAUUAUCGUAAAAAGUUAUUUCUGCUUUACUUUAGAGAUAAAGAUAUAGCCCCUACAAAACAAAUACCAUUUCCAACGUGAAAUGGGUGGAAUUAUAAAGUCCGCCUUAAAACCUUUCUAUACAACCAAAAAUCCUAUUGAUGCAAAAAGUCCCCCAUUGUCAAACCUUGUCUAUCCUAACUAAAGCUUCGACUUAACCCUGUUCUGCGGGCUGACCAACGGGUCGUAUGAAGACACACUCAGCGUAUCCCACGGCACAGACGUAGCAUGCGAGUUCAGCGCGCGCGAAUCAAUCAGCGACGGGUUGAGCUGAUCAAUGCUACUGCACCCAAUGAGUCUCAUAUUCAUCUCCAUCUCAUCCUUCAGCAACUGCAUCGCCUUAUCCACGCCGGCCAACCCAUACGCCGACAUAGCGAACAAGAACGGCCUCCCGAUUCCCACGCCCUUAGCACCCAUGCACAUAGCCUUGAUGAUAUCCGUCGCGCGACGCACGCCGCCAUCAAUGUAAAUCUCAAUCUUAUCUUGGAGACCGCGGUCGCGCAGAAUCGGCAUAACCUCCGCCAGGACCUCGAUUCCCGAUCUCGCGAAAUCGAGUUGGCGACCCCCAUGGUUCGAGAGGACGACACCCUGGACGCCAACCUCGACGGCUUGGAGCACGUCCUCGACGCACUGCACGCCCUUGAGGAUGAUGGGCAUCUUGGUCACGCUCUGGAACCAGGGGAUAUCCUUCCAGCUGAGGGAGGGAUCGAUGAACGACGAGAUGGCGCGGGCGGCACCCUGCGAGUUAUCCGUCACCGCGCCGCUGGAGGACUGCACGUUGGAGCCCUGCUCGGUGAACUUGCUGCGCAUGUCCUUCUCUCUGCGGCCGAGUUGCGGGGCGUCGACGGUGAUGAAGAGGCCCUUGCAGCCGCGGGCCUCGGCGUGCUGGAUGAUCUUCUUGGUGAUUGCACGGUCCUUGUUGACGUAGAGUUGGAGCCAUUGGACUUGGUCGCCCUCGGCGGCGUCGACGAUUUGGUCGAAGGAGCAGGAGGCUAGGGUGGGGAUCAUCUGGAUGACGUUGUGCUUUUUGGCGGCUUUGGUGAAGAUUACUUCGCCCUCUGGGUGGCCUAGUUUGCCGAGCGCGGUGGCGGUCACGUAGAAGGGGAUGUCGACUUUGGUGCCGAGCAUGGUGGUGGAGAAAUCGACUUUCUCGACGUCGACGAGGAUGCGGGGCCUGAACCAGAUUUUGUGGAAGGCGGAGUGGUUCUCGCGCAUUGUCUGAAAGGUUAGCGAUCAUCUUGAGAGGGAGGUGAAGACAUACAAUCUCAUCAUCUGCACCACUGGAGUAGUAUGCCCAGGCAGUCUUCUUCAUGACUCGGCUGGCAACGGACUCAAAGUCCAUCAUGUUGUAGCAUUGCUCUAGGCUGGGCAUGUGUGCUAUCCUGUCCUGUCUUGCCACCUCAUCGGGGUCAAUCUCUUGUGCUACUUCUGCUACGGUAGCCAUGUCCACUGGGCCUAGGUGCUUCGACUUGUCGAGGUAUUUGUCCAGGGUGUCCGGAGGGUGGAUUGGCUCGUACGUCUCGGUGGCAUCUUUUCCCUGUUGGAAUUAAUACUUGCCAUGUGCAUGCUUUGAGGGGCAAUAACAUACCGCAUACUUGAGGAUAAUGCCCAUUCCACCAGGGUGCUCUGCUUUCAUUAGUUCACCGAUCAUGUCGGCUUAGGAAAUGGCUCACCAGGUGCGAAUUCGGUCACAUCGUAUGCCUGUGUCAGGUCAGUAUGUAAUAAUCUUUCGAGAAAAUGUAUCCUACCUUUCCAUGGAUAAUAACCCAUAAUGAAUCCUUCGAAUUGUGCUUCGCAACUUCCUCACCAGUGAGAGCCAUGAUUUCAAGGUGUUGGAGUAAAGUUUCUUUGGG